AUGCGUCUGCGCCUCAUCCAGCUGCCGCCGCUGCCGUCGUACCGUUUGGCGGCGGCUGUCCAGGAACUCGUCCGGCGGCAGUUUUUGCACGCAAAAGAGAGUGCAGGAAAGAGGGCGACGUCGUCGUCGUUGUCUUCAGCACAGUCCUCUUCCUCCUCCUCCUCCUCGAUCCUCCUCUCUCUCCUUGUCCAACCGCCGCCGCCGACCGUCAUCGCCUUUACCCCCCUGCCCACCUUCACACUCGGCCGCCGCCAGUCCGAAGCCCAGCUGGAACUGGCCGAGCGCGACCGCCUCACGGCUCCCUUGCGCGUGGACAUGAACGCGGACGUGGACGCGGACGGCGGCCACACAUACACCCCCGCCCUCAUCUCGACGCUCCGCGGCGGCCUGACGACCUACCACGGCCCGGGGCAGGCGGUGCUGUGGCCCGUGCUCGACCUCAAGUCAACGCUGUUUGCUGCGCCGCUGACGGUCCGCGCGUACAGUCGGCUGCUGGAGACGACGACGGCGACGGUCUUGAAGCGGCGGUUUGGACUGGAGGCGUACACGACGGGGGACCCGGGGCUGUGGGUGGCGUCGAGGCGCGCGGCACGAGGCGGCGCGGAGGACGCCGACGACACGCACACGGAGGAACGAAAGGUGGCUGCACUGGGCGUGCACCUUCGCAGGCACAUUAGCGCGCUGGGCGUGGCCGUCAACUUGGACACGCCCGUGACGUGGGCGCCGUCGCCGUCGUCUGUGUCGGCGGACGCCUCGUCCUCGACGAACCCUUGGACCCGCUUCGACCCCUGUGGUCUCUCCGGCAAAGGCGUCGCCUCCGUCGCCGACGAAGCACGUCUCCGCUUCGGCAGCGUCCCGGCCGCCUGGGACUUGCGGCCGGCGCCCUUUGCGGCGAAAUGGGCAGCGGCGCUGGCGAUGCAACUGGGUCUCCGGGACCCCGAGGUCGACGUGGCGGAUGCGGCUACUGUACAAAGCAUGCUCCGAGACGCACAAGAACUGCUCACGAGGGGCGUCACAGACGAGACAUAG